AUGAAGCUAUACUUCUUCGUUGUGGAGGUGGAAAGAAAAUUUCUUCUCUCGUUCUCUUGGAUCGGAAAAGGUGCUCAACAUCAGGAGAUACUUUCAAAGAUGCCUGGAUCAGCCGAGGAGAUAAAGCCUUCCACACAGAAGUCCUUCCAGCCAAAUGACACCAAGCCCAACUUCAGCAACCAAAGGAAGGUUCUUAGUAUCCUAAACAACAGCCUCUCCACCAUCCUUAAGAAACUCAGAGGCCUAGGAAGAAUUGGGAGUUUGUUUUGGUUGGAAUUGAUGGAGGAGUUUGGUAGUUGGUGUGGAGAAGCGACGAUUAAGAGCUGGGCUAAGCAAACGGAAGAGAGUUAUCAGUUACAGCUUGCUCUUGCUUUGAGGUUAUCUUCACAGGCUGCUUUAGCUAAUGAUCCCAAUUUCUUGGAUUUGAAUUCUAAUGCUAGUAAAAAAGGAGCUCCUUCUUUCUCUGAUUCUCCCGAAUCCCUCUCUCAUCGAUUUUGGCAGGUGAAUGGAUGUUUGUCAUAUUAUGAUAGAAUUCCAGAUGGGUUUUAUGUAAUACAUGGAUUGGAUCCUUAUACAUGGAGUAUAAGUUCUGAUGGUCGUAUACCGUCUUUUGAAUCAUUAAAGGCUGUUAAUGAUUUGUCAAUAGGAGUGGUUUUAGUAGAUAGAUUCAGGGAUCCUGGUUUGAGGGAGUUGCAUAAUAGAGUUAUUGGUCUUUGGAGUAGCUCGAGUACAACAAAAGAUGUGGUUGAGCAGCUUGCGAAUCUUGGUUUUUCUUGUCUCAGGGGUGUGAUCUUCGAUGAAGAUGAUGAUGCUUUUGCCGAAUGCUGGAAGGAAAACACUGAAGCUAUGAAAAGGCGCUUAGGUUCAGUUGUAAUUCCGAUUGGAAACUUAUCUAUUGGCCUAUGUGUCCAUCGUGCAUUACUGUUUAAAGUAUUGGCAGACUCGAUUAACUUGCCUUGCAGAAUUGUUAAAGGAUGUAAAUACUGCAGAAGAGAUGUCAUUUCAUCCUGUCUUGUGCAAGUUGGCAAUGACAGGGUAUGUAGUGCAGACCGGGAAUACUUUGUUGAUUUGCUUGGAAAACCAGGAGCCCUAAGCCAGCCUGAUUCCUCACUCAAUUGUACAUCUUCAAUCUUAGUUUCUACUCCAUUGUCUCAUCCAAGGUUUAAACCUAUCCAAUCGACUGACGAAUUCAGGAAAUUUGCCAAACUCUAUUUCCUUGACAGCCAGCCUCUUAAUCUUGUAUUUGAUAAUUCAUCUUCAGGUGGUACUAUUGAUAAAGAUGAAAAAAUUAUUUCAAGGCAUGGUAAAGACAAGAAGAACCUUCUACCCCCUUCAAGCAACAACCAUGAAGCUUCUCCGUCACCUCUGCACCAAGCAACAACCAUGAACUUGCGGGUCCCAAACUCAUACCUGGGCAAGGGUUCCAAUGCGCCAAGCUCUGUCCUACCAGUUAGGCAAAAAUUUACAGAUCCAGUCAUCUCUAAUCCCAAGCCUGUUGGUACAAGUAAUUUUUCGUUGGUGGAAAUAAACCAGUCAAUGGUAAGUAAAUCGAGCAAUCAACUCCAUCUUGAAGAGGAAGAUUUGGAUGUUCCCUGGAGUGAACUUCUUUUGAAGAAGAAAAUUGGAUCAGGUAUUAUUUCAUUUGAACUUUUGGAGGAGUUCACAACUGCAUGCUAUGAUACUUUCAAAUGCUUCUCAGGCUCCUUUGGAACUGUCUAUCAUGCUGACUGGCGUGGUUCGGAUGUUGCUGUCAAAAUUCUAGAGGAGCAAGACUUUCAUGCAGAGCGUUUUGAGGAAUUUUUGAGUGAGGUGCCUAUACCGCACUUUCUAGGAACUCGUAUUGACUCUGUUGCUAUCAUGAAACGUUUGCGACAUCCUAAUAUUGUUCUCUUUAUGGGUGCUGUUACCCAGCCCCCCAACUUAUCCAUAGUUAUGGAGUAUUUAUCAAGAUUUGCUUUGGACCGCAGAGGCAGCUUGCACAAACUUUUGCAUAUGCCUGAUGCUGCCUUGCUACUGGAUGAGAGGCGCCGCUUAAAUAUGGCAUAUGAUGUGGCUAAAGGAAUGAACUAUCUUCAUCAGUUUAGACCUCCCAUUGUUCAUCGAGAUUUAAAAUCUCUAAAUCUCUUAGUGGACAAUUCAUACACGGUGAAGAUUUGUGAUUUUGGUCUCUCCCGUUCAAAAGCGAAGACAUAUAUUUCAUCAACAAAUGCUGCGGGUACUCCGGAGUGGAUGGCCCCCGAAGUACUCCGUAAUGAGCGAUCAAAUGAGAAAUCAGAUGUUUACAGCUUUGGUGUAAUCUUGUGGGAACUUAUGACCCUGCAACAGCCAUGGAGAAAUUUAAAACAAGCACAGAUCAUUGCAGCUGUUGGUUUUAUGGGCGAAAGGCUUGAAAUUCCAAGCUAUGUAAAUCCUUCUGUGGCUGCCUUGAUUGAUGUCUGCUUGGAUAAGUAA